GACUCAGAAUGCCAUCAAAUAACCUACCUGCAUUCAAUUUUCGAAAAUUCCAAACCCCCCUUAAAUUGAACCAAAAGCUUCAAGUUAGCGGUGAAUACUGAUUUAAUUACGUAUCAUUAAAAUGAGAAAAGGAACAAUAUGGCAAAAACUUAACACUUGGCCCUAACCUUUUUCUCUUCGUUUUCUGAGAAAUUCCAGUCGAUGUCUUCCGAGUGAAAAACAUGAACGUCAUUAUUCGCCUCUCAUCGGCGUCGAGAAUUUUCCCGGUGAAAAUUGAUCGGAACUACAUUUUUUCGACGACCCAUCUUCCGUUCUGCACUUACAAUUCAACCUGUACGGCUCCCACAUCGAACGAUUUCGACCCACUAAUCAUCUCAGACCUUAUUUCCAGGCAACGAUGGUCAAUCCUCAAAUCCCAUGUCAAAUUCAAAAGUCCCAUCGAUUUUCUUCACCAAUUGAUGUGUUCGGGAGCCGUCGACCCAUUGCUUGUUCUCAGGUACUUCAAUUGGUCCCGGAGAGAGCUUAAAGUUAAUUACAGCAUUGAACUCAUCUGCAGGCUAUUACAUUUAUUGGCCAAUGUUAAAUAUUACCCCAAAAUCCGUUCAGUUCUUGAUUCUUUUGUAAAGGGUGAAACAAACUGCUCGAUUUCUUUGAUUUUUCACUCGCUUUCGGUGUGUAGUGAUCAAUUUUGUGCUAAUUCGAUAAUUGCUGAUAUGUUGGUGUUAGCCUAUGUGCAAAAUUCGAAAACAGUUUUGGGAUUGGAGGCGUUUAAGAGAGCUGGUGAUUAUAGGUAUAAGUUAUCUGUGUUAUCUUGUAACCCACUGUUGAGUGCCUUGGUGAAGGAGAGUGAAGUUGGGGAUGUGGAAUUUGUGUAUAAAGAGAUGAUUAGAAGAAAAAUUAGUCCUAAUUUGAUUACAUUUAACAUUGUGAUUAAUGGGUUAUGUAAGGUUGGGAAAUUGAAUAAAGCUGGAGAUGUUAUUGAUGAUAUGAAAGUAUGGGGAUUCUGGCCCAAUGCGGUUACCUAUAACACUCUCAUUGAUGGAUACUGUAAAAUGGGUAGGGUUGGGAAGAUGUAUAAAGCUGAUGCUAUUUUGAAGGAAAUGGUGGGAAAUAAAGUUAGCCCAAAUAUUGUAACAUUUAAUGUAUUGAUUGAUGGGUUUUGUAAAGAUGAAAAUGUAUCGGGGGCGUUGAAGGUGUUUGAGGAAAUGCAGAGUCAGGGUCUGAAGCCUACUGUAGUAACAUACAAUUCGUUAAUUAAUGGUAUGUGUAAUGAAGGAAAACUGAAUGAGGCUAAAGUUCUUCUUGAUGAAAUGUUGAGUUCAAACUUGAAGCCUAAUGUUAUUACUUAUAAUGCUCUGAUUAAUGGGUAUUGUAAGAAGAAGAAGUUGGAGGAAGCUAGGGAGUUGUUUGAUAAUAUUGGAAAACAAGGGUUGACUCCCAAUGUUAUCACAUUCAAUACAUUACUUGAUGGAUAUUGCAAGUGUGGGAAGAUGGAGGAGGCAUUUUUGCUCCAGAAGGUAAUGUUAGAGAAAGGGUUUCUCCCUGAUGUCUCAACCUACAAUUGCCUUAUCGUUGGUUUUUGUCGGGAGGGAAAAAUGGAGGAAGUCAAGAAUCUUUUAAAUGAAAUGGAAUGUAGAGGUGUGAAAGCUGAUACAGUGACGUAUAAUAUUUUGAUAAGUGCAUGGUGUGAGAAAAAGGAGCCAAAAAAGGCAGCACGACUUAUUGAUGAGAUGCUCGACAGGGGAUUAAAACCAAGUCAUUUGACAUAUAACAUUUUGUUGAAUGGCUAUUGCAUGGAAGGAAACUUAAGGGCUGCUUUGAAUUUGAGGAAGCAAAUGGAGAAAGAAAGAAUAUGGGCAAAUGUGGUAACGUAUAAUGUGUUGAUUCUAGGUUAUUGUAGAAAGGGGAAAUUGGAAGAUGCAAAUGGACUUCUUAAUGAGAUGCUGGAGAAGGGAUUAAUACCCAAUCGAACUACUUAUGAGAUAAUUAAAGUGGAAAUGAUGGAGAAAGGAUUUCUUCCUGAUAUAGAAGGUCAUCUUUAUCACGCCUCCCACUAGAAGUUGAAUGGAGCGACUUUACAACUGUACCGGUGGAAUAAAACUGUACAUGAACUUAUAAGUCGUUGAUCUGGCCAACAUGAUCAGAGCUAGAGGACAUUUCAAGGCUGCAGGAUUGGUGUUCGGCUAUAAUCCCAACUUGGGAUGAACAUCUACAACCAUUGGAUUUACAACGAUCAAUCUUUGCUUCCAAUGAUGUCAAUUGGCUAUUCGAGCUUUAAGCUAGUUGAUCGACUCCUCACUGUAGAAAGAAGCAACAGCAGGUAUAUUAUCAUGAGAAACAAGAUCCGAAUGUAAUGCAAUCUUGAUGGUUGCAUUUUGCUGAUUCCCUUCCUUGCUUCAUGUUGGUCUUUGGGUCUAUAAGAAAUGGCAUCAACUGACAAGUUAUGGUACUCAGUAGUUUCCUGUAUCCCGAUCAUUGUCUUCAAGUCAGAAACAAAGUGUAUCUUCCACCGAUCAGGUAGACAUGGGAGUAUGACAUGGACGUCGUUGCGAAAGGGUUGGUCAAUAGCACAGCUCCUUGCCUCCUUGGAUCUCUUUGUCGUUCUGUACGUUUCCAACUUUUCAAGUUUGGAAUUUUAUGUAUACUGCUAUUCAAUUGAUCCAAGUAUUAUCAAUAAGAGGUGGAAUUUUCACUCUACCCUUCUUUUGAACUCAAAAGAGAAUGAAAAACAAUAAAAACUCUAAUUGAAAGCUUAGUAUUUAUUUUUGUUUC